AUGGGAUCCAUCACGACUUCUGACAAAUUGACCGAUUUUGGGCAUCCGAUGCUCAAACAUUUUCUACUCGAUCCAAAUUAUAAAAAUUUGAACCACGGAUCAUAUGGAACUUUCCCCGCGGUUGUCCGGGAUGAGGCCCGGAAAUUCCAAGACGAGCUUGAGGCCAAACCAGACUUGUUCUUCCGUUACCUGCAGGCGAAAUACGUCGAUGUGGCCAGAAAGGAGCUGGCAAAGGUGCUCAACGCCCCCAUGAACGAGAUCGUUUUCACCAAAAAUGCUACGACGGGAGUGAAUAUCGUCCUUCGAAACCUGCAAUAUGCACCAGGUGACGUUAUCGUCUACUUUGAUACCGUAUACGCUGCGUGUGAGAAGACCAUCGCAUGGUUGAUGGAAUCCACACCCGUCCAAGCGCGCAAGGUCCCAUAUUCGUUCCCAACCACCCACGAGGAGAUCAUGAAACGCUUUGCCGAGGUAGUUAAACAGCUGAGGAGUGAAGGCUUGAAUGUUCGCGUGGCUCUUUUUGAUACUAUCGUUAGUAAUCCUGGCGUUCGAUUCCCAUUCGAGGAACUUGUGGCGGAGUGCCGGAAAGAGGGUAUUUUGAGCUGCGUGGAUGGGGCACAUGGAGUCGGCCAUAUUCCUCUUGAUUUGGGAAAGUUGGAUGCGGAUUUUUUCGUGAGCAAUUGCCACAAAUGGCUCUACGUACCCCGCGGUUGUGCAGUAUUCCAUGUCCCUAUACGCAACCAACACUUGAUUCGCACAACGCUUCCCACCUCACACGGCUUUGUCCCUAAGAACCUGGACGUAUCUCUUCCAAUCCCAAAGCAAAAAGGCAAGUCUGACUUCGAGUUCCAAUUUGAAUUUGUUGCCACAAACGAUGAUUCGCCAUACAACUGCAUCCCAGCCGCUCUUAAAUUUCGUAAAGAAGUCUGUGGUGGCGAGGAAAGGAUCAUGUCAUAUUGCCAGCAAUUAGCACAUGAGGGCGGCAAUAUCGUGGCCGAAAUACUCGGCACAGACGUGAUGAGCGAGCCUGGCGUGGACCCUAAGGUGAUAGGAGCAAGUAAGAUCCGGCAAUGUGCCUUCGCCAAUGUUCGUUUACCUCUUGCGGUUGAUGAUGGUAGUGGCAGACAUGUUGAGAAGGAUUCGCAGUAUCCUGUUAUCAAGGGCAGAGAUGCAAUGGUCGUUGCGAAAUGGAUACUCGAGAAGUUUUUGUGUGAAUAUGACGCUGCUGCUCCGAUUUUCCCACAUGGCGGUGGGCCGGGAAUGCUUUGA